AUGAGUGGAGCGAAGAGGUCUCAAGCUGAAGUGAUUCAGGAGUGGGCGGAUUUCGAUGCGAACGGCGCUUCGUUUGAGCGUGGUCGUAUGGAGGCGAAUAUCCAGUCGAUUUGCUUUAACGACCCGGCCGGGGUGCCAGCGUCGCUGAAAGACAAGCACAAGGGCCUCAAAAUUAAAGGAUCUGAUGUGUUGUACUUGACCAACGAAUUCCUCGUGGACCAGGAUGUAGCGGGGGCUGCUCUGGUGGAAGCCCAGGGCGACGUUACCAAAGCAACCCAGCUUCUUCUACGUAAUGCGACUAUGUAA